UUGAGGACCCGUCUGAAGGAGUACGGGCUGGUUACGCCGUUCAGCACCGAUUCCCACGGCCACUACCUGUCCAACCUGCUCUCGGCCGCCCACAAGCAGCGCGUGAAGCGGGAGGCCUCGCCCCCCCCCUCCCCCGGGGGUGGGGGGGGCGGGGGAGGGGGGGGGGACCCCGAACAGAGGCUGUUCUUCAACAUCUCCGCCUUCGGGAGGGAGUUCCACCUCCGGCUGAGGCCCAACGAAAGGCUGGUGGCGCCCGGGGCCAUGGUGGAGUGGCACGACCAGGUCCCCGGGAACCACUCGGUAACCACGGAAACCACGGAGGAUGGUGGGAUCGAUGGGACCAAUGGGACCAACGGGACGGAGAGGAUUCUGCGCAGAGAACUGCUAAAGACAGACUGCACCUUCAUCGGGGACAUCACCGACGUCCCCGGGGCCUCGGUGGCCAUCAACAACUGCGACGGGCUGGCCAUUCUGGAGCAUGAGGAGCAGAACGAGGUCCCAAUUUUGAAUUGA